UUGGACCGCAUGUGGUUUUCGGUGAGUACCUCUGUGACUCCUCCCCUUUAGCGGAAGCACUGACAGCUUCCUAAUAUGAUGAUGCAAAAGUAGAGGAUGUAAUAUGGAUGGCAUUUUUGGAUUCUCUCUCUCUCUCUGCUGUUCUUUCUGCAAAAGAUUUCACUGGGCCUAAUGCUCAGGCAAUGACCAUCUAGUUUUGUUGUCUCACCGCAGUAGUCAUGUGGUCUCAAUGGGGCACCCCACCCUCGGGUCAAGACAAGAGCUGACAUAGCUGUGUCCUUAGAGAGAGAGAGAGAGAGAGAGAUGGCCAAAACAACUAGUUUUGUUGGGUGUUUUGCCCGGUGUCAUGUGCUUCCAUUAGGCUCCCCACUGUUGGGCGAAGAAGACAUGGGCUGACAGUACCCUAUGGAUUUGGGAAACAGAUUUCAAGAGAUCCUUCCUCCUCGCUUUUUCGAGGAGAAAAGCUCUUACCUGUUCCUGACCUCUCACGUGUGACCUCUCGGCCGCUCCCUCCGUUUCAACGACACUACUCGACUCUGCAACAAAAGCCGGGCAUUGGUGCCGAGUGGCUUGGAGUGUUUUCCGAUCAUUGCAGCUGGGGAGCGAGAAGCGUUACAUGGUUUACCUUGAAGUUUGUGGAGUGGAAGGAUGAGGUGAAACGGAAGCGUAGAAAGCACUAGCAAACACACGCAAACACCAACGUAAGGAGCACCAUGACACUGGAAGCAUUGGCUUCCGCCGGGCUUCCUCCCUUCUUCUUCUACGACACCAUCACCGCCACCACAUCACACCAUUCUGGUCGCGCCUCGAGUUCGAGGUUCCACAAUGCCGGCGGCGACGAUGUAGUGGGUGGCUACUCCGGAGGCACGGACGAAAGGAGGCAGAGCGCGGAAGUAGCAGGGCAAGGAAGGAGGAAGCGGCGGAGGCAGAGGACGCACAAGAACAAGGAGGACGCGGAGAACCAGAGGAUGACCCACAUUGCCGUCGAGCGCAAUCGCCGCCGGCAGAUGAACGAGCACCUCGCUGUGCUUCGCUCGCUCAUGCCCGAUUCCUACAUCCAAAGGGGUGACCAGGCCUCCAUUGUCGGAGGAGCUAUCGAUUUCGUGAAGGAGCUGGAGCAGCUUCUCCAAUCACUCGAAGCACAGAAGAGAACGCUACAGCAGCGACAAGCAGGGAAGCCCGAGAGCUCUCCAGCGACCGCAGACGGCGGAAACAGGAGCAGCAGCAGCCACAGCCAUGGGGUCGAUUCCCCUCCCUUCGCUCAGUUCUUCACCUUCCCCCAGUACGGCUGGCGCCACCCCGCAGCUCACGACUACCCUCAACCGGAGGACCAGCUGCUGCCGGCGUUGGCCGACAUCGAGGUGACCUUGAUCGAGACGCACGCGAACGUCCGAAUCCUGUCGCCGAAGAGGCCCCACCAGCUCGUCAAGAUAGUGUGUGGGCUUCAGGACCUCAAGCUUUCCAUACUUCACCUCAGUCUCACUACCAUGGACGCCAUGGUGCUCUACUCCCUCAGCGUCAAGGUGGAAGAAGGGUGCAGUCUGGCCACCGUCGAUGACAUUGCCGCUGCCAUCCACCGUAUGCUUUGUCUGAUUCAAGCUGAGGCGACUGCUGCAGCCCAGUAGGGGCAGGCCAUUCAACAGUCUUUCUGCAAGAAUGGCGGUAGCAGUCAACUA